AUGGCACCAACAAAGAAGUCCCGGGCUACGUCCACACUGCCAGCGCCGAGGAAAAUGGACGUCUACAACUCGACGUCCACGGGCCACCAGGUUGGCGACGGCGUGUCGAAGCCCGCCGCGUACCAGCGGCACCGGGCGGCGAGGCUGCAGGCGCAGUUUGGCGGCGCCGGCGCCGGCGGGGGCGGGGGCGGGGGCAGCGGCGGGCAGGCGACGCUGUUGAGGUAUUUGGCGAGCGCGAAGGCUGCGGGCGGGAAGCAGAAGGUGCUGGGGAAGAAGGUGGUGGCCGAUGGGAAGGGGCCUGGGCUUGUGGUGUUGGAGACGGUGGUGAAUAGUAGAGAUACUGCCAUCACUGCUAGAAGAGAUAUUACUACAACAACUAUUAGUAGGAAAGAUACUACAUGGGCUACUGUUAGUAGGGAUACCGCUACUGCUAAGGAUAUUACUACUGCUACUACCAGUAGUAAAGAUACUACAACUACUGCUAUUAGUAGAGAUACUGCUACUAUUGGAGAUGCUACGAUAUGCAGCCCUACCACCGCUACUGGAUCUCUAAAAACUCCCAAAAAGGAAGCAAAAGCACCAGCACCAGCUACCAGCUCCACUACUGCCAGAGGUGCUACUAGAGAUACCGCUACUACUGCCCGAAGCUCCACCACAACCGCCCGGUCCCCCAAAGCCAAAAUCCCCAAGGCAGAAGAGGGGGCAGUAAUAGAUAUCAUCACCACUGCCACUACCAGCACAACAAUAGCCCCUACCACUACUAAAGCUUCUCCCACCCCCCCUCAACAGCCAAAACAGCUCUUCCACCCCCUCACGAUCCACAUCUCCGGCGCCACAACACCGCACAUCUCCGACCACGCCUUGAAGCGCCUCCUCGCGCGCCACGGCGCCCGCAUCGCACCGUCCAUCUCACAGCGCUCCACCACGCACGUCAUUAUCGGCGGCGGCACCGGCGCCGGUGGCGUGCUCGCCGCCGGGAAGCUGCAGAAGGAGCUGCUGAGGAGGAGGAAGAAUGUCAGGUUUGUUGGGGUGGCUUGGGCGCUGGAUAGUGUCAAGGCGGGGAGGAGACUGCCGGAGGGACGGUAUGCGGUGGGGGUGAAGGCGGGGGGGCAGAAGAGUGUUGGGGAGGUGUUUGGGGUGAAGGCUAAGGGGGCGGAGGGCUCUGGGAAGAAGGAGUUGGAGGGUAAAGAGGCGGAGGGCUCUUCUGAGAAGGAGGGGUUGCGGCCUUGA